AUGUCUUUAGUGCAUUUGGCCAAUGCGUGUGCGCAUCUGCAGAAUUGUUCCAGAGUUAGAACAUCGCUGACCUCAAUUCCUUACACGAAAUUGCAUUUAAACUUUGCUUAUAAUCUUUACAAACAUGGUUUUCUAUCGACACUGCAACGGGGCUCGACCAAGGGCCCAGACGUCGCAGCAGUUGAGGUGACUCCGGACAACAUUUCUACGCGGAGACUAUGGCUGGGACUGAAAUAUAGAGAAAAUAAACCUGUGAUAAGCACUUGCAGACUUAUUUCCAAGCCCAACUUGCGGAUAGAUCUUAAAUACGAGGAUCUUAAGCAAUUGUGCACGGGGAAAACGGUUCGUCUGAUCAAGCCACUGCAACCGGGUGAACUGAUUUUGGUGCGCAGCGGGAACGAGCUUCUCGAUAUCAACGAUGCAAUCGCACGUAAAAUUGGGGGCGAGGUGUUGUGUCGCGUCAAGUGA